AUGCUAUCACGAGCUGCAGUCCGCGCCUCCUCUACGACCUCGAUGGUCGCCCGCCGUGGCUUCCACUCCACCCGCGCACAGCUAGGCUCUCCUUACCACUACCCGGAAGGUCCACGAAGCAACAUUCCGUUCAACCCAUUGACGAAGUUCUUCGCUCUCAGAUAUUGGGGCUUCAUGUUUGUUGGAUUCUCCGCUCCUUUCGGAAUUGCAGUAUGGCAGACAAAGAAGAACCAGUAG